CUCACUUUUAUUGAAAUGCAAAAAAAAAAAAAAUUCCAUAUCCACCCAACCGCCACGGAUACGUAGAAAUAGAACCUAAGAUCACGUGAUCGAAAUUCGUUGCAAAAAAAACGAUCAUCUGUUGGACCAAAAAAAAAAAAAAAAAUGAUGUUUAAACGAUGAUGGUGAUGGUGACGAUGAUCAAUCUUUUUUUUCAAUUUUAAAUUUCUAUAUUUCCAUCAUUGCUCAAUAUUUUUAACAUCUAAAAAUUUUAUUAUACUCAACCCCCAUGCACAAAUGUUCAAAUCAUCAUUUUUGAGUUCCAUUUACUGAAAACAUUUCGAUUUUUUUUUUGUUCUCUCCACUCAUCAUUCAUCCAAUCAUCAUCAUCAUCGGGUUUCUUGGUCAUUUUUUUUGCCCCUGUGCCUUGAUCUCGAUAAUUUGUUGCUUCAAAAAAAAAAAAAAAAAUUAUCUCCUUCCAAUACGACAACAACAAUAAUACAACAUUUCAUCAUCGUUUUAAUGAUGCGCAGUUCAAUAUUUUCAUACACAUUCAUCAUAUGCAAAUUGUCUUUAAAAAAAUUUAUUGAAUCAUUGAUCAACAACUACAACAAUGAUGAUGAUGAUGAUGCAAAAAAAUACACGUCGUACACAACGUUUUAAUAAUAAUAAUGUAUUACAAUUUCAACCGGAAAUUAUACGUGCCAUAAUUGGUCAUGAUUCGAUUCGUGUACGGGAAUUACUUCAAAUGAAGAAUAAUAAUGAUCAUCAUCAUGAUAUGAACACAUGGAUCGAUUGUGGCUGUCGUACACCAUUACAUUUGGCCGCUGCUUUAGGCCGUGAUGAAUCGUUACGUGUAUUACUUGAAUCUGAUUAUUAUACGAUAAAUUGUCGUGAUAAUAAUCUGGUUACACCAUUACAUCGUGCAUGUCGUAAUAAUCAUAUUGAAUGUGUACGUUUAUUGAUUGAACAUAAUGCCGAUAUUAAUGCACGAACAUUGACACAUUUAACACCAUUACAUGUUUGUGCACAAAUGGGUUCAUUGGAUUGUGCACGUUUAUUAAUCGAUCAUGUCAACAAUAUUGAUGCAACCGAUUCGAUUGGUGCUACUGCAUUACAUUAUGCUGUUUAUAGUAAAAAUUUACCACUAAUCGAAUUAUUAUUGGAACAUGGUGCCAAAGUUGAUGUACAGGAUAAAUAUGGUCUUCGUCCUAUACAUUAUUCAGCAAUGGUCGAUAAUAAAUUGGCCGUUAUACAGCUAUUAAUUGAACAUGGACAGACCGAUGUUAAUGUCCGAAGUAAAUCAUUAUUGACACCAUUACAUAUAGCCAUUGUGGAAAAAAAUCUGGAUGUUUAUAAUGCAUUAUUAAAUUUUGGUGCCGAUAUGGAUGUAAAAGAUUUGUAUGGUAAUACAAUCGCUCAUUGGGCUGCAUAUGUUGGUUAUUUGCCCAUUUUUGAAUCAAUCAUUCAACAUAAAGCCAAUUUGAUUGAUAUACCAAAUCUUAACGGUGUUUGGCCAUUACAUUAUCUUUGUAUGAUUCGAUUUCCUAAUCUAAAUGUUUAUCCUAUUGUUGAACAAAUUAUUUAUCAUUAUAAAAAUAAUGAUGAUGAUGAUGAUAACGAUGAUGAUGAUGAUGAUGAUGAUCAACAUUCAAAUUCAAAUAAUUUGGCCAAACAUUUAAAUGUUGUGGACAAAUUCAAUUGUACACCAUUACAUUAUGUUGGCUGUAAUGAUAUGGAAAUGGUCAUAUCAACAUUAAUCAUUAUGGGUGCCGAUUGUAAUGCCUGUGAUUAUCGAUUAGAAACACCAAUUCAUAAAGCUGUUCAACAUGUUAAAUUAGAAAAACUGAAAAUAUUACGAAAACAUGGUGCCAAUAUUAACAUGACCAAUAAAGAUGGCCACACUGUUUUACAUAUGGCUGCAUAUUCAAUGUUAUCAUUAUUUUGUAAAUUUUUAACAACCAUCGAUAAUGAUGAUGAAUUUGGUAGUGGUGAUGUUAUUUGCGAUACAAAAUCAAUGGAUAAAUAUGGUCGUACAGCACAUUAUAUGGCCGCUUAUAGUGGCAGUAUGGAUUGUCUUUAUGAACUUGUUGCUUCCGUUACGAUGACUAACGAAGAUGAUGAUGAUGAUGAUGAUAUUAUAUUGUUUCCACCUGUUGAUGCAUAUAAACGUUCAUUAUUACAUUAUGCUUGUGCAAAUAAUUUUGUUGGCAUCGAAUUUAUACGUUUAUUAUUACUUAAAGAAGAUGAAUUUGAUCUAUUAUUUGAUUCAUUACCAACAAAAUUAUGUUCAACAUUGAGACAAUCAUUCUCUCGAUUCGAUAUUAAUCAACAAGAUAUAUAUGGACGUACACCAUUACAUUAUUUAUGUAGACAACAUGAAUCGAAUAUAACCGAUAUUGUUCAAUUAUUCAUUGAAUCUGGUGCCGAUAUUUCUAUUGUUGAUGAUCAAUAUUGUUUACCAUUUCAUUAUGCCGUUGCAAAUGGUUAUUCAUUGGCAUUAAAAUAUUUGAUCAAUAUAAAUUGGUUAUCAGAUAAAGAAAUUUAUAGAAAAUUAUCCAAUUCAUUUAUCUGUCCAUUACGUUUGGCUGUAUAUUAUGGCCAUUCAAAUGUAUUGAAAGAAUUAAUUCAAUUUGGUUUCAAUGAUUGUGAUCAAGCAUUCGAAAUGGCCAUACGUCGUUCACAAUUGGAUUGUGCACGAUAUCUAUAUGAAUUAUGUCGUAAUUCGGAAACAUUUAUACGAAUGUCAUUGUUUGCCGCUGCUACUGGUGAUCGUAAAUCAUUAUGUUUAUUAUUCAAUAUAGUUGAUAGAAUAUUGCCAAAAGAACGAUUAUUAAUGCUUUCAUCAUUAAGUCCAAAUGGUCAUUCGGUAGUGAAUUUUUUAUUAUAUAAAAAUGUGGACAUUAAUCUACGCGAUAAGAGACAACGUAAUGCACUAUUCUAUGCUGUAAUCGGUGCAAAUCAUCAUACAAUACAAUUAUUAUUGAAAUCAGGCAUACAAUUUGUAAAUGAUGAUCGUGGUCAUAAUGUAUUUCAUCUAUGUGCACAACGUGGUGAUUUACAGACAUUUAUUUUGUUGUGUAAUUUUUUUCAUAAAUCAAAUCAUAGAUAUCUACAACAUUUAUUAACAACAAAAGAUUGUAAUGGUUUUACUGCCAUCCAGAUUGCAUGUUUUGAAUGUCAUCAAAAUAUUCUUGAAUAUUAUCUAAAUCUAAAUCUAAAUCAAUCAUCAUAUGUAUCAUUAAUGUUUUUUGCUGGGUAUGUUGUUGUUUUUUUUCUGUUUAAUCGAUUGAUUGAAUUUUUUUUUCUCUUUCUGCAAAUUAGAUUCUGUCACAAUUUGGAAUUUAUCCAAUAUAUCCAACAGAAACACGGUGCAAAUGUUUUGAUUGAUUCACGUGGACCAUUUGAUAGAACAUUGUUACAUUAUUGUUGUAUGUCCAAUAUUCCGAUUGAAGAUUUUUAUUUAAUCAAAUUAUUGAUGAUUGAAUUGAAAAUGGACAUUAAUCAACCGGAUCAAAAAGGUCUAACACCAUUAUUGUAUGCUUCAUAUUCGGGCAAUUAUUGUAUUGUACGUUAUAUUCUGGCUAAUUGUGCUGAAGCCAACAUAAUGGCCGUUGAUAAUGAAAUGAACAAUAUUCUUCAUUUGGCCUGUUUAUCACGAUCCAAAUUGACUGGAAUGAUUUUAAUUGAACAUGCAAAACAAUGUGGAAAAAUUGAAAAAUUGAUAAAUGGCAAAAAUCACCAUGAACAAAUACCAUUACAUUUGGCAGCGAAAAAAUUGAUGCCAACGUUGAUUAAAGAACUGUUAUUUUGUGGUUCACCAUGGGAUUGUUAUGAUUCAUUCGGCUAUUCACCAAGUCUUUAUUGUACGCCAACACGUUUAUCGGCAAUUUGUUUAUCAAUUGUUGAAACAUUUAUGGUGCAAAUAGAUGAUGAUGAUGAUACAUCAGUUUUGGAUACAACACAACAACAACAACAACAAACAUCUGAAAAUAUUUCAAACAACAACAGCAAUAAUACAAUCAAUGAUGAAUCAUCAUCAUCAAUAAUAAUGGUGAAUAAUUCCAUUGUAAUCAAUAGUAAACAUGUACAAUGUCAACAAAAAUCACGUCAAUCAUUACCACCGAUGGAACGUAUAAAAAGUUAUGAAAAAUUAAUCUGUGAUAAAAUUUCAAGAUUAUCAUUACCUGCUGCUGCUCAACAACAUCAGCCACAUUCCAAUCAUAAUCAUAAUCAUCAUAAACAGAAUCAUACAAUAGCCAACGAUAACGAUGACGAUGAUGAUGAUUCAGAUACCUAUUGAGAAUUGAAUUUAAAACUUUUGCCUUUUUAUAUUUAUUUUUU